CUCGAUGACCUCUGGGAUCGACUGUGCGGUCUGACAGUUCACUGUACAACGAUGGCAGGAGUCGAGGCUACACAAGGAUAUGACAAAAAAUGUAUUUUCUGCAAGAUUGUAAACAAUGAAAUGGGCACGGAGCUUCUUCACAGUGAUGAGGAAAUCUCGUGUUUCAGAGACAUCAAACCUGGAGCUCCCCACCAUUACCUGAUCGUCCCAACCAGACAUGUUGGGAACUGUAAAUCACUCAGCAAAGAACAUGUGCCUUUGGUGAAUCGGAUGAUCGAGACAGGAAAGGAGAUCCUCCAGAAAAACAACGUAACAGAUCUCAGUGAUGUCAGGUUUGGUUUUCAUUGGCCUCCGUUCUGUUCUGUCACACAUCUACACCUUCAUGUCCUGGCACCUGCCAGUCAAAUGGGCUUCAUGUCCCGCCUCUUCUACAGACUCAACUCCUAUUGGUUUAUCACGGCAGAUCAGCUGAUUGAGCUUCUCAACUCUAAAGGAGAGACCAACUGAUCACUUGCUUUGGAUCCAGUUCUUUUACGACUGUGAUGAAGUGACUGAAAUAUCCACCUUCUUAUAGAUGUCAUUUUGGAUUAUACACAGCCACAUUAAGUUGCUCUCUGUUUGGCCGGAGCUGACGACAGUAUUUUAAACUGGUGACAUAUUUGUGACAAGAGACCACUUGGUUUUAUUUUUGGUAUCAAAACUUUUCAGACUGUAUGCCAAAUCUUGUUUCUUGCUAAUUGAGACAUGACACAUAUGUUCAAGGAUCAAGGUAAACAAAUUUUUUUUAAUAUUUUUACAGAAGAAGAUAAUUGAAUCUCCAUUAAUCCGCCAUAAUAAAAUGUAUUUACGUUAUGGACCAAGUAGCAUACAGUGUGAUUAACAUCUGUUAAUCACCAAAGACAAUGCUGAAGGCAUCCUUUCUUUGUAUUGAAUGUAAAGGUGAACUGAGUGGAACAGUAGAUGUAUUGAGGUGGUAUUUCAACCAGAAACGCACAUACAAUUAAUGGUUUGAUUUCUUGACAUGCAGGACUCUGUUAAUGCUUUACAAAUUUGAUUUUAUGCAUGUGUAACAGAAAUUAAUCUAAAUCUUUUUUGUUUAAUUCAUAUACUGACACUAUUGCUGUGUAUACUAUGUUAUGUUGAGUUAUAUCUUUACUGAUGGGCAUUUUGUGGCCUAGACUGGCUCGGCUGCUUUACAGUGGAGGCAACUAAGGCAUCCUCUGAUGUUCUAAAGGGUGCUUAAUGAUCUCAACAAGCACUGAAAUAUAGUGCAGUAUUUGUUAAUACAUGCUCAAUUUUUUGAUUUGGUGUAAUGUCUCAAGAUUGUAUUCAGAUAUAUAACAUGAACUGAUUGGUUGGUGCAUGAAGUGAACAGGUACGCUCUACUUUACUGCUGAAUGUUAAGGAAUGUAAAGAAAGACGAUAAUACUGUAUGUACUGUACGAA